GUUUCAACAUUUAACUGAUUCUAAAACAGACAGACAGAGAGAGAGACAGAGAGAGACAAAGAGAGACAGACAGAGACAGACAGAGAGCAAGGCAGAGAGAGAGAGUGUGUCAUCAUGGAGAAGUUGAUCUUGCAGGGCUCAUGAUGACUUCCUGUCUGAUGUCCCUCCUCUUCCUCUUCCCUUUCGUGUCCUUCAUCAUGGCCAGCGCUCAACCUGCUGGCUGCAAAAUACGCAUCACUGAUAGAGGACUGGAGAUGUUGAAGAUUGAGACUCAGAAGUUUGUUGAAGAGGAGCUCAGUAACAUCAAUAUGCCAGAGAUGAAAGGCAAAGAAGGACGCUUCCAAUACACCAUUACUGAUGUGAAGAUUACUGAGCUGAAUCUCACUCAUGCCGACCUGCAGUUCAUCCCUGAAGUUGGGUUGUUGUUCGAUGUUCAGAACUCUUCCAUCACACUGAGUUUCCAUCGACGGAUCCUCUACUGGUUCUUUUACGAUACAGGAAACAUCAAUGCCUCAGCUGAAGGCGUGAACAUCAACACCGUUCUCAACCUGAUCAGAGAUGGUGAUGGUCGACUUAAGAUCAAUAACAUCACCUGUGACGCCAAAAUCGACAAAAUGAAAGCACAGUUCAGUGGAACGCUCGGGAGAGUUUAUGACUUCCUGGCUAGUUUUCUGACAUCGGGCAUGCGCUUCCUCCUCAACCAAAGGAUCUGUCCCGCUCUGAAUCAUGCUGCUCUGGUUCACGUGAACUCGAUGUUGGAGACAAUCCCUGUGAGGACGGAGGUUGAUCGAUAUAUUGGGAUCGAUUAUUCUCUUAUUGAUGAUCCAGUGGUGACAUCCAGGAGCCUCGACAUGAACUUCAGGGGGAUGUUCUUCGACCUGUCUCAUCAGAACGACACGCUGGUGAACUACGCCAUCGACCCAGUCAUCAGAGAGUACGACAGGAUGGUUUAUCUCGCGCUGUCCGAGUUUUUCUUCGACAGUGGAAUGUUCUCUUACUACACAGCAGGAAUCUUCCAGAUGGACAUUGUUAAUGAGAAGAUGCCCAAAGACCUGGAGAUGUUGUUGAGAACCACCUACUUUGGAGCCAUCAUGAUGUUGAACCCAGCUCUGGUGGAAGCUCCGCUCUCUCUGCAGCUCGCUGUCAACUCCCCUCCAAAAACCUCAAUAAAGACAUCUGGAGCAACAGUUGUCAUGACAGCCAUUGUCAAGGUGAUGCUGCUGCCUCCAGGUCAGCCUCCAGUGCAGCUCAGCAGCAUGACCAUGGAAACAAAGUUUAAUGCUAAAGUUUCUAUGAAGGGAAAACGUCUGGCUGUCCAUGCUGACCUCCGCAGAUUUAAAAUCUUCUCCAACCAAUCAGCGCUGGAAUCUCUAGCAUUAAUUCCUCUGCAGGCUCCCCUAAAGACGAUGUUGCAGAUGUCCGUGGUUCCUUUAAUCAACAACUGGACAAAGAGAGGAGUUCAGAUUCCUCUGGCUGAUGGGAUGGAUUUCAUUGAAGAGGUUGUUGAAUAUCACAAUGGUUUCAUCGUGAUUGGAGCAAAUCUUCACUUCAGCAAAGGACUGAGAGAAAUGAUAGCAGGCAACAUCGAGACAGAGCCAGAAACAAACACUGUCUAAAUAUAUAUAUAUAUAUACCCUGUACGUAAAUAUACAGCACACAACAUCGCCUAAAUAUACGCAACUUAAUUUUGUACAGUGUAAAGUCUUGUAUGAAUAGAGAAAUAUUAUAUGAGGCACUGUGUAAAUAAAUAUGUAUGAGUGUUACAUGUAGAGAGAGACAGCACUGUUUGAGAGACACAGCAUGUACUGACACUGUGUGAAUAAGUCUUCAUAUUUUGUUUUUCAGUCACAGAUAUAUUGACUGUAUGUUACAAGGUUAUGGUACAUAUAUAUAGUAUUGAGUGUGGCUGUCAGACUAUCCAGGACAGACUGUCAAUUUACAGUACAUAUGAAUCUGUAACAAUAAGUUUUCUAUACACAUUAAUGUGAUGUAUAUGAGACCUAUUGUAAAUUAACACUUAUAAUAACAUAAUCAUAUGUAUGUAGUAUUAUAUAUGUAGUUUUACGUUAACACUGAAUAUGUAAUUAACACUUACCAGAACGCUGACUCAUUAAACACUGAAUCAAAUAAACAUUACUUAUGUGAACGAUCA